AUGCCUAGCUCCUUGGAUCAACCUCUCCGUACCUCGGGCAUCUACCGCAACCUACCCACCUUUGAUGAAAGCGUGAAGGGUCUGAAAGCCAUUGUGUGCGGAGCCACUGGUAUCUCAGGAUUCAACACCAUCCGCUCCCUUCUCGAUACUCCCAAUCGCUGGUCCAAGAUCUACGCGCUCUCUCGAAAGCCAUUCUCCAAAGACCUUCUUGCAUUCUUCACCGACGAGCAGCGCGCCCGGCUCCAGCACAUCUCCAUCGACCUCAGCUCCAAGGGCGAGGACAUCGCCAAAUCGCUAAAGGAUGCAGGUGUCGAAGCAGACUACGUCUUCUAUUAUGCUUACUUACCCCCUGGAAAUGGAAAAAGUGACAUGGACCCCAGCUCAGCAGAAGCCUUGAUCGAAGCCAAUGUCCCACCUUUCAGGAACUUCCUAGCCUCUCUACCAAAGGCUGACCUCAAGCCUAAACGUAUCCUCCUGCAGACGGGAGGCAAGAACUAUGGCAUGCACAUUGGCCGUGGACGCCAGCCAAUCAUCGAGUCUGACCCUCAGCCCAAACACCUCAGCCCGAACUUCUACUACCACCAAGAAGAUCUUCUGUUCAAGUACUGCGAGGAGCACACUGAGACAGACUGGAACAUCGUCAUGCCCGCAGCUGUCAUCGGCGCAGUGCAAACCGCAGCCAUGAAUACUUUCCUCGCAUACGGUGUCUACGCUGCUGUUCAAGCACACAGGAAAGAGCCCCUCCGAUACCCUGCCGACUUCCAUAGCUGGGAGUCGGAGUAUUCCCACUCGACUGCCCGCCUGACCGGGUACCUGAGUGAAUGGGCUGUACUCGAGGAUACAGCCAAAUGCCAACGUUUCAACGCCCAAGACGGUGGGCACAUUAGCUGGGACCGUUUCUGGAACGAGCUUGGGCGCUGGUUCGGCGCUGAUGUUGUCGGUCCUGACGAUGACGAGUCAAAGUACCAGAGCAAAUAUUUUGCUGGCGGUAAAGACUGCCCGUUAGGCUACGGUCCCCCCAUCGAAGUGAAAAUGGCGCAUCCUCUAUGCAAAUGGGCUGAAGAAACGGCGGUGGAGAAAGACUGGGAGGAGAUGAUGAAGCAGUCCAACGGGCAGCUCACGAUGAAUGUGCCUGAAGCUGACAAGCAAACAUUGGUGAUGGCCGACUUCAGUUUUGCUUUCCUUGGUACGCUUUCAGGGAAUAAGGUGCGCAGGUUUGGAUUUAACGGGUUUGUAGACACGAUGGAGAGCAUCUUUGAAACAUAUCAGGAUAUGGCUAAGUUGGGUAUGUUGCCACCCAUGAAGGUGGAUUCUUGCAAGCCGCUGGCGUAG